AUGAUCAAGCCGGACGGCGACGCGCUGGCGGCGAAGGUUGAUGACGCGCCAACCCCUUCCUGGGGCACCUGGGAGGAGCUCGUCCUCGCCUUCGCCGUCAACCGCCACGGCACCGCCUCCUGGGACUCCAUCGCGUCCGAGCUCCAGAAGCGGACCUCCGAACCCAACCUCUCCUUUACACCGAACAACUGCCGCUCCAAGUACCUCGACCUCAAACGCCGCUUCGUCGUCGCUCCCAAUCGAGAUUCGGACGGCCUCGGCGGCGCCGACGAGUCCGCCGCGCCUCUGCUGGAGGAGCUGAGGAAAUUGAGGGUGGCGGAGCUUCGGCGGGAGGUGGAGCGCUACGAUCUCAACAUCGAGUCGUUGGAGUUGAAGGUGAAGAGGAUGGAAGAGGAGAGAGAGCGGAGCCUCAGGGGGAAAAGCGCGGCGGAUCCAGAGAGCAAGAGUGAGGACAAGAGGAAAGAGGUUGAACCGGAGUUGGCGGGCGGCGGCGGAGAAGGAAUAGACAAGGAUCGGCUGUCGGUGAACGAGUCGAACUCGACAGAUCCCGCGGCGGAGAAGUCGAAAACCGGCGAGAAAGAAUCUGAACCGCUCGGAACUGGAGCUGAUGAGAUACGCCGGGAUCAGGAGGACCAGGAGCCGGCCGAGUUGACACCCGAACCGGAUCGAAAAUCCGGCCGGGCGGACUCGUGCAACGGCAGCUCGAACAGCAUCGAGAAGUCCGAUCGGAGGGCGAAGGAGGAACCAGCGACUGACUCGGCGGAGUCCGGCGGCGGAGGGGAGGCGGCAAAGGAGAGCUCGGAUGUGCAGAGUACGGCUAGCAGAUCGAGGAAGGAGGAGGGAGGUGGUGAUACAGUGCAGCGCGGGAGCACGGGAAGCGAUGGGCGCGAACACGAGGAUCACAUAUUGUCCGCUCAAUCGCAGCCGUUGGUUGACUUUCUUCAAACCGUCCUGGCUCACAAGCUCGGCUCCAUCUUCCAGCGGCGGCUCCGUAGCCAGGAAACCUCAAAAUACCAGAAGCUAAUCCUCCAACAUAUGGACCUGGAGACAAUGGAGACGAAGCUGAGACGAGGACGCUACUCGGGCUCACGGGCCGAGUUCUUCCGCGACAUUCUACUGCUCGUCAACAACGCCAUCGUCUUCUUCCCCAAGAACUCCCUUGAAUCCAAUGCAGCACUGGAAAUCCGUGCCCUCAUCGCCAAGGAGAUCUCCCGGAAGACCCCCAAGCCGGAAUCCGGGAAACAAAUCUCACUCCAGACCUUGUCCAAGAAGGUCGAACCAAACGACCCUUCAAAUUCGUCGAAGCUACAAACGAGGCUACCCAGCUCCUUAAAGAUGUGCCGCCAACGAAGCUCGGUCGCUGAUGAAAAGGAUUCCAAGAAAGUCACGAGAAAAUGGACAAUGGACAACCGGUUCUCGUCCGCAACCACCCCAGCCAACACGAGGAGAAACAGCAAGAACAACAACAGUAGUGAUAAUACGAAUCAAUCCAACAGCAAUAGUAGCAACGCGAAAUCAGACUCAAAAAAACGAGGGGCUGCGAAUUUCUUGAACCGGAUGAAUAAAGGGUCGAACUCCGGCGACCUGCUUGAUGCCCUGAAGAACACGCCGCUGACCUCCGGCGAGGGGAGCGGCAAAGGUGGGGAGAAGAAAGUGCAGGUCACGAGGAGGAGCACAUCGGAGGAAAGGUUGGCGAAGGAGAAAGGGAGCCCAGGGAAGAGGAAUGUGGGCCGCCCGCCGAAAAGGGCAGCAGCAGCAGCGGCGGCGGCCGGGAAGAGAGGAAGGGAGAAGACUGUGAACGAGCAGAGAAAAAGGAUGAGGAAGAUAUAG